ACACCCCCGUGAUUCUACGCGGCCAUAUGUUGGUAACCAAUGCACAGAUGACUGUCUAGGCCCUUCCCAGUCCCACCAUUCAGUGCCCUCCAGCGCCCCCACGCGUUUACUCGGUGAAGGCCGCCCCCAGCCCAGCUCCCGGCCCCGCCCGAGUCCCACCACCUGCUCGCUUCCCGCCCGGACCCAUCGCCCCUCCUCCGAUCGUUCUGCGUGCUCUCGCGUAGCUCCGCCUUUUCUAAGUCUGCCGUCUCGCAAGAUGGCUGACUUGCUGCUGGGCUCCGAGCCGUGGAACCGCGUGAGGAUUCCUAAGGCGGGGAGCCUCAGCGCAGUGAUGGUGCAGAACCCCAGCGCCACCCUUCACCUUUGGAUUGCAGGUGUAAUUAAAGAAUGCCAUCUCGUCACAGUAUCGCUGAAGAGCCGAGCCUUAGAUGCAGAAACAGAUGUGUUAUGUGCAGUCCUUUACAGCAAUCACAACAGAAUGGGCCGCCACAAAUCCCAUUUGGCCCUCAAACAGGUUGAGCAGUGUUUAAAACGUUUGAAAAACAUGAAUUUGGCAGGUUCAAUUCAAGACCUGUUUGAGUUGUUUUUUCCCAGUAAAAAUCAGCCUGUAAAUACCAGUGUCGUCCCUGGUCAGCCAGUGGUGGAGUUGGUGUUGAUGAAGGUUUUGGGAGCCUGCAAGUUGUUGCUUCGCUUAUUGGACUGCUGCUGCAAAACAUUUCUCUGGACUGUGAAACAUCUAGGUUUGCAAGAGUUCAUUAUUUUAAACCUUGUGAUAGUGGGGCUGGUGAGCAGGUUAUGGGUUCUCUAUAAAGGUGUUUUUAAAAGGUUGAUUUUGUUCUACGAGACUUUGUUUGGAUUGCUUCAAGAAGUCUCUAGGAUUCAACCAAUGCCUUACUUCAAAGAUUUUACCUUUCCUUCUGAUAUCACUGAAUUUUUAGGACAGCCAUUUUUUGAAGUCUUUAAGAAAGAAAUACCUACAGAUUUUGCAGCUAGAGGAAUAACUAAAUGGCUAAAUAAGCUGUUUUUAAUAAGCGAGCAGUCACCAAAGGCCAUUGAAGAAACCUUACUUGGAAUUUCCAAAAAUGAUGAACAAAUGAAGAUAAAUACACAGAAUAAUGAGGAUCUUGGACAGCCAGUAAAGAAGAAGAAAGUUUUCAAAGAAAAGUCAUCAGAAUUUGAUGUGAGGGCUUUCUGCAACCAGCUGAAACACAAAGCUACACAGAUGAGGAAAUUGAGGCAUAGAAAGGCCAAGAAAGUUGGCCAGGCCACAUAGUGAAUAAAUGGCAGAGCUGCGAUUUGAAUAAAGGCAGUAUGGUUUCGUAGUCUCUUCGUUACCAUUCACCAGUCCCCAGAAUAGUUUUUCAACUGUGUCUCAGGAACUAUGGUGCUUUGUGAGCCUUGAAACUUCUGCAGCCCAUGCAUCUUUUUGUAGGUGAGCUGGUUUUGAAGCUGGUGGGUCAACAUCCCUCUUAUUCAAGACUAAUUGCUACUAUAUUUUUCGCAAAUAGCACUAACAUGCUUAGCUUGCUUUUAAAGCAAACUACUUCUAUAAACUAUUGACAUGGAUUGUUACUUUUAUAUUUUCUACUUCUUUUUAGUGUAAGAAAUUUGGAAGAAGGUAAGCAGAAAGAGCACAUCGUGUUGUAGGUAGAUAUUUUCAUAAAGAAGCAAUAAACGUGGCCAGGUGUGGUGGCUCACGCCUAUAAUCCCAGCACUUUAGGAAGCUGAGGCGGGUGGAUCACAAGGUCAAGA